UUUACGUCACCAAUAGUAUUGUCCCGUUUAGCAGUCGGCCAAUGUGCGUACAUUAUUUAUUUAAUGCGGCUUGUGUGGUGAACGCGAGCAGACUCGACCACUCCCACCGCUCUCUCCUCUCCCUGGCUUCAGGGAGUCACAAGCAGCAACCAUCUACAAACACACAACUCAGGAAUAUGCUUUACAUUUAUCUGUCAGUGGCGUCAGCGUUCAGGUUUGACGAGUCGGCGAGAACCAGAAACCCAGGUCUCUUGAACUACUAAGAAUUAAAUUAUUUGAGAUAAAUAGACUUCAGCGUCAGGAUGGAGAACGAAUUCCCUCCCAAAAUUAGCACAGUAUUAAUGACUCGAGACCCGCAUUACAUUCCAGGGUAUGGCGGGUACUGCCCCCAGAUCAAGUACACCGUGGGGAACACCUACGGCAAGCUGACCGCCCGGCUCCUCACCAGCCCCAAGGUGAACCGCUCGCAACCCACAGACCCGGAGACAGCCCCUCAAAAUGAGAUCUGGAGGAGCCGCCAUCACGGGGGCCAGGCGGAGAUGGAGAAAAUGAUACCCGGAUACACAGGGUUCAUUCCCAAAAGCCAGAACUACUUCUCCAAGACAUACGCGGAAAUGUGCCGGGACGCCCUGACGGACUUUGAGAGGGAGCGGCAGUGCAGAGCUGACAAGAUGGUGUCACCUCACACCCUGCACGCCAGGAAGGCUGAGAGGGGCACAAAGCAGGAGCACAAAGUAAAUCCUUCUCACAGAUUAAAACCCAGCAUGAUCAUAGGCAGUAGAACAGACACCAGUACCCUGGCCAGGUUGCCUUGUCGAUUCCAGAGCCCUGCAUCCAGUGAUCCAAGCUGGAUUUGUAAAUGUACUGUUUUUCCAGAAUUCUGCCCUGGUUUUACAGGGUAUGUCCCCAAGGCUCGCUUCCUCAUCGGCAGUGGCUAUCCCAUCCUCACAAACCGCGCCCUGGUUCACUUCACCAAUGAGUUAAACCAGAGCGAGUUAGGACCAAUCACGUUUCAGCGGCAGCCAAGGGAAGACCACAGUUUGCCCUACAUCUCACAGAUUUACCCCUCCAAUCUGGGCCUUCUGCCCAAAUACACUGGCCACGUACCAGGAUACAAGUACCAGUACGGUCACACCUUUGGACAACAUACCACCAAUGCCCUGGGUUCCAGCACCCUUCAGAAACAGGUAGCAGCUCACUGAAGGAAAGCCCUGAAGCACAUUCACCUGUUCAUCCAAUUGAUACUAUCUGUACAGUGGAAUGGAUGGCUCUUUUGUUCAUGUUAUUAUUUAAAGGGUUUGCAGUUACAUGAUUCUGUAUUGGUGUUGUCCGCUUGCCCUGCUGGACACAGGGGCCUGUCCACCACGUCUGCAAGGAUCCUUGCUUUAACCUCCUUGCUUUGCACAGCGCUUUAUAUCCGACUUGGUGUGUCGUCAUGAACAGAGCCUUAACAAAUCCAUGACACAUUUUACACACCCUACUCACUUGCAGUUCAGUCCUGUAUAUUAUCUUCCAGAUUUCUAUAUUAACAAUUAAGGGAUUAAAUUAAACUGAUCGAACAAACAAUUACGUUACUAACUGAUUACUAAUUAUAAAACGCUUAUUAACAAAAUACAAAAGGCAAUUAUGGCCAAAGAAUUUGAGGUGAUCAAGGUUAAAGACCCAAAUGGACGGACAGCCUUACCUAAGGUAAUGUUGGGUAGUCCAGUACCCCAUUCACACAACCUACUGUACAAAGUCAUUGAAAACGUGACUGUGAAUGAAGUGGUUUGCACAUGAUUUUGGUGGGGGGGGGACAAGCAUAGUGUCGAGCGGAGUGGGUGAAACUGAAAAAAAUGUAAAUGAAAUAAGAUUUUUAACAAAAUUAUUGGCUUAAACAUAUAAUUAAAACCUACAACAAAAAUACUUCUUGCUUGAUUUUUACUUUUAGGCUCAAUGAUAAAAAUCUAUUCAUUUUCACAAGGCUGUACAUGUAUGUUAAAAGCAAAAGGAGCUAUAUUUGCACCAGUCUUUAAUUAACUCCUGUUUUUUGGUGACCAAGCUUGACCCUUGCAAACAUACCUUGGCUGCUAUUGACUCUUCUGUACAGCAAAGCAAAGUCAGGAACUCAUCAAUGUACAGUUAUUCCUGCAAUGUGGUCUGUUUCUUUAAUUGCAUAAUGAUAAGGUACUUUCUGGUAUCUGAAAGUAUGAUUUUUUUUUUUUUAAUUACAGACAUACAGGGAAACCUAGUUAUACUUAUCAGUUGUUUUUUAAAAGUUCUCUAAGUUUUAUUCCGAUAGUUUUGUCCAACUUGAUUAUGAUAUCACAUUCAAUACAGAGUAAAGCACUGAUAGUGACAGUGAAGUUCCCUGGUGAAAUGCUCUGGUGUUGGUAUUGCGUGUAAUCCUGUAUUAAUUAUUGGUAUUACAAAUGCAUUAUUUAAAAAAGAAAAAAAAUGUACAAAACAAAACAAAAUGUUCAGCUUUAUUUGCCUGGAAUAUUUAACACUUUUAAUAUAUGUAAGUGAAUACACUGUGUGUAGGGCGUAUAUGAGAUCUCGUGCAGUUUGGACGUGAGGAUGGCAAUGUGAAGCAGAGCGGUCCUGGCUGUUCAAUGAUCUCUAUUAUAUUAAGAGACUCUACACCACACGUAUUAACGUAUUAUAAAUCACAGAAACCAAGAUUGUACUUGGUAACUGUUAUUAAACAGAAAAAAGUGAUGUAUGUUCUAUACACGGGAACUGUGGAUUUCUUGCACGUGCGUUUUGAUUUACAGUGGAAAUUGUUUAAAACGGUAAGGCUCCUCAAUAGCUUUUUUGUGGUUUAGAAUAUGAAACAGUUAAGAGACUGAUUUAGAGGAACUAUGUCUUGCUUCGAUAACAUUGCAGGAUAAAACUGAUUUGGGUCCAUCCAACGGGUUCAUUCAGUUAGUUUCAAGCGGUCAG